AUGAUGGAAAGCUCUGCGUCAUGGAACACUGCCAAGUCUCCAAAGGAAUUCGAGACUCCCACUUUGAAGAGAAUAAAGAAACUGGAGACACCACCUCUCCAGCCUUUUAACAACAAGGCUGCACUGGCUGAGGCACAUACUACAUCAGCGCUUGACUCAAUGUCAGAAAGUCCUGCGUCGUGGGACACUGUGAGGUCUCUUGAGGCAUUCACGGCUUUCAUUUCGAGCAAAACAGAGAAACUACGGACAUCGCCUCUCCAGCCUUCUAACAACAAGACUGCAAAGCCUAAGCUAGUGCAACACAAGACUACUGCACCUGUCGGGAUGAUGAGACUUUCUCGCAUUCUUGAGGGUCAUCAUAUCUGGGUGACUUCCGCGGCAUUCUCGCCGGAUAGUAAAUUGGUGGUUUGUGCAGCUGCCAAUGGGGCAGUCAAAAUCUGGAAUACUACCACGGGCGCUAUGCACAAAACACUGAAGGGCUAUCCUACAUGGGUGACUUCCGUGGCAUUCUCACCCAAUGCUAAAUGGGUGGCAUUUGGAUGUCAUGGCCAAACGGUCAUUGUUGAGAAUGUCGCCAUGGCUUCUAAGCAGAAGAUGAUUGGGGUUCAUUCUAGGGAAGUCACCUGCGUGGCUUUCUCGCCCGAUGGCAAAACGGUGCUAUCUGGAUCUACAGACUGGACAGUCAAACUGUGGUAUAUUACCACAGGUGCUAGUGGCCGGGUAGUUGAAGUCUGGGGUGCUAUGGCUGGCCCUAUAAACAGUAGGGGUAGGGGUCAUUCUGGUGCCGUCACCUGCGUGGCAUUCUCACCCGAUGGAAAAUUAGCGGCAUCUGGAUCCAAUGACUGGACAGUCAACCUCUGGGAUGCUACCACGGGUGAUAUACGCAAGACUCUAGAGGGUCACGCUAGGGACAUUACCUGCGUGGCAUUCUCACCUGAUGGGAAAUGCGUGGCAUCUGGAUCUAAUGACGAGACCGUCAAGCUCUGGGAUACUACCACGGGUGCUAAUUACCAGACAGUCCGGCUCUGGAAUCUUGACACCGGUGCUAUACACAAAACCGACGAGGGCGAUUCUCGCUGGGUAAUUUCCGUGGCAUUCUUACCAGAUGGCAAGUUAGUGGCAUCUGGCUCUGAUGGUAAGACAUUGAAAAUUUGGGAUAUCACUGCGGGCUCUAUACGCAAAACCCUUCAGGGUAGUUGUGAUGAGGUCCAAUCCAUGGCAUUCUCCCCCGAUGGUAAAUUGGCGGCAUCUGGACAUUACAGUGGAAAGGUCAGGCUCUGGGAUGUGACCCUUUAA